AUGCUUUCUGACCAUUCGGACGUGAUAAGCCAUGCUCUCCCUCAGCCUCCUGCUUCCGGAUCAGAGCCAGGAGAACCCGGCGGCGCUCAGGAGAAACUGGACCCUGACGGCCCAGAGGAGAAGCCAGACGUGGCGUCUGCAGCCGAGGCCAAGGACGGUGAUCCAGACGACGAACACGGGGAUUCCCUCUGCAGCUUAGAUCGGCAGGAAAAGACACAUCCUUCAGGUCCUGCGGAGGACACCGGGGAGGAAACUGGUACGAACGUCCCCGAAGACGAGGAGGAGGAGGACGACGGAGAGAAGCAGGAGGCGGUGGAGGCGGGUUCAGCCGAGGCAGAGGCUCCUACAGAGAUCCAGGAGGAGCCUUCGUGUGUAAAGGGCGACGAUGAAGAGGACGGCGAUGAGGACGACAGUGAGGAAGACCUGUACCGAGGAGAGGAAGAGCUGUCUGCAUCGCCGGGUCGUCAUCCGGGGCCGACGUCCGACGCAGAAAGUUUAAAGGUACAGGACAGCUGCAGCUUGUCCCCAGCUGUGGAUAUCCUGUCCUACAGCGAGAGGGAGUGGAAAGGAAACACUGCCAAAAGCGCUCUCAUCAGGAAGGGCUACAAAGAGAUGUCCGCCAAGUUCGGCAGCGUGAGGAGAGUCAGAGGGGACAACUACUGCGCCCUGCGAGCCACCUUGUUCCAGGUGUUGUCCCAGAGCAGCCAGGUGCCCCAGUGGCUGCAAGAGGACGCCGUUUUACUGCUGCCAAAGCAACUGGAGGCCCAGGAAGGGCUGAUAAGCCAGUGGCGGUUUCCUGGACAGAGCGUGCCCAGAGACGGCACGGAGAAUCCCACCGAGCGGCUGAAGGGCUACAUGGAGCUGCUCCGAAACACGUGGCGGGCGGCGGCGGACUGCCCCGGCGCUGCGGAGCGGCAGCAGCUCUGCGAGCGGCUCUUCCAGGGCGGGGAGGUGGAGCUGGGGAUGCUGGAGGCGCUGAAGCUGCUGAUGCUGGGCCGGGCGUCGGAGCUGCACGGCCGCAUGCAGGCGGGCGAAGACGUGCCGCUCUUCUGCUGGCUGCUGUUCGCCCGCGACUCGUCCGCCUCGCCGCGCUCCUUCCUCUCCAACCACCUCAGGCACGUGGGCCUCAGCGCCGGGCUGGAGCAGGUGGAGAUGUUCCUGCUCGGCUACGCCCUGCAGCACACCAUUCAGGUUUACAGGCUGUACAAGGCCAACACGGAGGAGUUCGUCACCUUCUACCCGGACGACCACAGGGACGACUGGCCGACCGUCAGCCUCGUCACCGAGGACGACCGCCACUACAACGUGCCGGCCGCCGAGGCCAGCGAGGAGCUCGCCUCCAGCUGAUUAACGCUGCGGGGAAAGACCUCCUGCCGCGCAAAAACGCCCCUCAGGUCAAUCAGAGCGGCACCGUUACGCCGCCCUCCAGGUGUAACGCUGGGAUAUAUGCUUCUCGCCUUACGUACGCAAAGCCACAGAGUCUCCACUACGUACUUUUUGGGUUUUUAUCCAAAAAGAGAAAAAGGCAGGUGUUAAACAGCCUGGGUGGAGCAUAUGAGGCACUUCAAAUCGUCCAAUUCAGAUCUGAAAUCGGUGCGAUCGCAUCAUUCCUUUCGUUUUUUUUACGUUCUGUGCCAUAAAGCUUGAUUUUUUAAUUUUAUUUUUUUGGUGUUGUUGCCACACUGCAAAAACGGAUCUAAAAAUAAGUCAAAUGUUCAUCAAGUUAGUGUAUUUAUCCU